CAACCUUCUCCCACUUUUGGAGUAUUUCCGGGUUCACAGAAAACAAACCGGCUGUUUGACUGAAGAGGUCCGCUGUAGAGUAGACAAACAGCUCAGACUGCAGCGAUAAGCCACAGAAACUCUGUGAUUUGACGUCUUCUGACCCUUUCUCAUUUGGUUCCAGCUGCUGCCCAAACAUAUAUCCACCGAUACCCAGAGAACCACGAUGGAGCCACGCACCCCUGGUAUGUCCACUGUCCCUCAGAAUGCUCCAGCCCACACCGACUCCAGCUCCCCUGCUGUAGAGAUGGACCCGGUGGAGUACACCCUGAGGAAGCGCCUCCCUCGGAAACUCCCAAAGAGACGUAACGACGUCUACGUUAACAUGAAGACUGAUUUCCGGGCUCAGCUGGCACGCUGUCAGAAGCUUCUGGAAGGUGGGGGUCACAGGGAGAUCUGUGUCCACGGCUUGGGCCUUGCCAUCAACAGGGCUAUUAAUAUUGCCUUGCAGCUGCAGGCCAGCAGCCAGGGGGCGCUGCAACUGGCAGCCAACACCUCCACGGUGGAGCUGGUGGAUGACCUGGAGCCUGAAGAUCCUGAUGAGGCUGGGGAGCCCAUGACACGUACACGUAACAACUCUGCUAUUCAUAUUAAGGUGUUCUACCCAGACCCUCAGUGACAUAAACUGGUGUGAACGGUGUAACAGGCAGAGACGCUCUUUUGGCCAUCAUGUCCUGUUUGUUCCCUCACUGACCAGUAGAGCAGAAAACAUUUGAACAGGCAUGCUUGUGUGGAGGCCUAUGAUGGCAGCAGCAGAGGACUGCAGGAUGGAGCAGAGUGCAGUGUGUCUUCUGUGCAAACCAUACUGGAAAUUAGUAGACUAACAUUUGUCACAUAUUGUAUUGUGUUUUUUUUUAAGUUUGCAUGACUUGAAGCAACAGCGUUGUUCACCAGGUGAAGCUUUAGUGUAAUAUAGUACAUGUAAACAUGCCUGUGCCAAAUGUGUACCUACAGAUGAAUUUAAUUUGAACACCUUUGAGUCUACACGUGUUUCCAGCUUUGUGUUCAAGUUUUAAAGAUACAAACAAGAAAAAAUAGCUGAGAUAUCUUGUCAGUGGUCCAAGUAGGUGUUGUUGAUGUAAAUGUCCACUAGAUGUCAGUAGGCAGCCACAAUAAGCAUGUCGGGAUGUUUCCCAGAGCAGCUGAACUCAUGGCACCUUGUCACAAUAAGGUCUUCUCACAUUGCUGACAGCAGAGGGUUCAGCUAAAGGUCAGAUGGGCCUGAAGUCUUCUUAACUGUCUUUUCAUGUCAUUGAACUGCUGCUAGUACUUAUUUUGCUUAAGAUGGAUGUAAUGGAAUACAAUGUAUUUAGUUUCUGGUCAAAAAUAAAUCUUCAUGGAAAGUA